AAAUGACUGAAGAUUGGACAACCAAGAAAGUCGACAAAUAUGUUGUUGUCAAUAAAUAAUUGGGGUAGGGUGCUUAUGGUACAGUGUAUCGAGGAUUUUUGUAGGAGGAUGAAACCAAACAAGUGGCUGUCAAAACGAUAAAGAUCGCUGUAAAUACUUGGUUUAUUGCUUAGACUAUUUCAGACACACCAAAGAUGAUCGAGCUAAUAAAGAGAGAAAUAGCUAUCCUGUAGAAAAUUAAUCAUCCAAACAUCGUGAGAUUAUUUGAUGUAGCAAGAACAAACAAUUAUCUCUAUAUGUUCCUUGAAUAUUGCGCUGAUGGCGAUCUCAAAGACUAUAUGGCUAAAAAGGAUGAAAAGCGACUCAGCGAAGUAUCUGUCUAUUGUGAUUCUUUAGUUAGAAGCAGUCAUAUUUAUUAAACACAUUGUAGAAGGAUUUAAAAGGUUGUACAAACAAAAAAUCAUACAUCGCGACAUUAAACCUGCCAAUAUACUUCUUCAUUAAGGUGUUGCCAAAAUCACAGACUUUGGUUUUGCUAGAGUUAUGGACACUGAAAUGAAUGGUAAUAGAUAUUUUUAAAUUCUUUUUUAGAUCCUGCCUACUUAUCAAGACUUGGUUCACCUCUCUAUAUGGCACCAUAAAUCUUGGAGGGCUAACCAUUUUCAGCGAAGUGUGAUGUCUGGUCUGUUGGAGUUAUGUUUUAUGAACUUCUGUAUGGACGACCACCUUGGGCAGCAGAAACAGCAUUUUAACUCUUAGAGAAUAUCAAAAAAUAAGUAUUUCGAAUCUUAAAUUUAGCCUCUAAAAUUCUUGCCAAAACCAGUGAGAUCACAGAAAGUGAAGGAACUCAUUACCUUGAUGUUGAGAGUUUAAGAGAAGGACAGGAUUUCAUGGGAAGGGGUGUUUGAAGAUCCAACUAUAAAGAUAGAUGAAGAGAUUAUGAAGGAGAACAUGAGGAAUAUUCUAAGAGAAAAAGGUAUGCAAAUUAUGGAUAUGUAUUUAUAGAUGAGGUAUCUAAAUCAAUCAGUUUGAAUAAAUUAUAUAUUGAUUAAAAUCUAGUUGUUGGAUAUUUGGCAAAGAAUCCCAUAAAUACAUUGGAAAACUCUAAUCAAUCAACUUUAGAUGCUUCAUCCGAGGCGAGAUCACAAUCUGCUAAAUUUUCAAGCUAAUUUGACUCCGAAUAAAAUGUUUGACAUUUUAAUUUAUAAUUAGGGUGAAAUAAUUAUGAGUAAUUAUAGAAAUGAAAAAAAAAGAAGAGAUGCUAUGUUGAAAUAUAAUAAUUACUUUUUGUUUGAGAGAAACAUCGCCUUCUUUUUUAACUUUGUUAUCUAGAAAGUGAUAAAACUUUAAACCAUCCAAAUGCUCUAAUUAGCCAAUGACAAUUACUUUAGAUUAAUAUAUCUUAUAGCUAAAAAUCAGAUGGUCCAUUUGGAAAGAGUUAAUUAGUAAUUAUCUAGAAAGGAUCAUGAUAAAUUUGAUAAAGAAACCUGGGGAAGAUUCUAGGUCUCUUAAGUAUUCUAAUCUUAUCAUUAAUAUAGGAAUAUUAAAAACUUACUCAACUCAUUUAAAUGGAUAUGAAACACUCAUCAGAUUUCUUUGCUGAAAUCUCAAAGAAAUGCAAUCAAGUUUAAUAGGAAGAAAUGCAAAAUGGAAAAGCUUCAAGUUAAACUAUCAAUUUGAUCAGGAAUUUCUUAUCAAUUCAGAAUAAUCAUUUUGAAGCAAAUGAUACCUUUCACAUGUUAUAUCGAGAUGUAAUUUUAGAGAACUUAAAGAUUAUUAAAAAUUUGAAUAGCAAAGAAACUGAGGCUAAUUUGCUCAUACUUUAUUUGACCAUUUGUUAGAAUCCCUAUGAAGAAUUUAAAGAUAUCAAUUAUGAUUUCAACACUUUCUACGAGGAAACAGAAAAUUUAAGUCUAUAAGAAAUCCAAGAAAAGUUUCUUAAAAAAGGAAUAAAAUGAAUCAAAA